AUGUCGCCGCCCGGAACCGGUGGGGUGCAGCCGGGGGCUGGGCGGGGCGGAGCCAUCGCCAGUGCCGGAGCUUGGGCCGGCGUAACCGGGGCCUGGGCGGGAGGGGCAGCAGCUGGAAUCGGAGCCGGUGGCGGGUCAGCCGGGGAAGUGUCGGUAACCACCGGAGACGGGGGCAUAUCCACAUCCCCGGACCGGGCUGCCGACCGGAGGGCACCGGACACGCUGUGCUGGAGCUGUCCCAGCGUGGACGCAUUAA